AUGAUAUCUAAAAUUUUUCUGUUUACAACUGUGCUAUUGGCAGUCAAUGCACAGCAUCACUCACAUGGACAUGCAACUUCUUCCCAGUCAAUAAUCCGUCAUGACAUUUCGCACAACCAGCAUGGAUAUAGCGUCGAACCCGUAGGACAUCACACAGCGUACCAUCAACCUAUUUCGGUUCAUGCCGCCCCUGUCCAUGAAGCAAUCACUGUUCAACAUAUCGCCCCUGUUGUUCACUCAGCUCCUGCCGUUCAUCAUGUUGCUCCUAUCGUACACCACUCUGCCCAAAUAGCUCAUCACUCUGUUCCUUCUGUUCAUCACGUAGCCCCUGUUGUUCAUCAUGCGACUCCUACUAUAAAUCAUGUAGCUCAAAUUGCCCAUCACGCCUCUCCUAACGUCCAUUACUCUGCUCCCGUAAUUCAUCAUUCAGUCCCUACUGUCCAUCACGCAGUACCUGUCGUUCACCACGUAGCACCUGUAGUACAUCAUGCUGCACCCUCUGCCCAUCACGUUGCCCCUGUGGUACAUCAUGCUGCACACUCUGUCCAUCAAGUUGCUCCUGUAGUGCAUCAUGCUGCACAAUCAGUCCAUCAAGUUGCUCCUGUAGUUCAUCAUGCUGCACAAUCAGUCCAUCAUGUUGCUCCUGUAGUUCAUCAUGCUGCACAAUCAGUCCAUCAUGUUGCUCCUGUAGUACAUCAUGCUGCACAAUCAGUCCAUCAUGUUUCUCCUGUAGUACAGCAUGCUGCUUCUUCUCUUCACCACGUUACCCCCGUGGUUCACCAUGCAACUCCUGUACAUCAAUAUGCUCAAAGCCACCAAGAUUAUUACGCGCAUCCAAAAUAUGAGUUCGAAUACAGCGUAGCCGACCAUCAUACUGGUGAUAUCAAAUCGCAGCAUGAAUCUCGUGAUGGUGAUCACGUAACUGGAUACUACAGUCUGCAUGAGCCCGAUGGUUCCGUGCGCACUGUACAUUAUAAUGCUGACAAGCACAGCGGUUUCAACGCUCAAGUACAACACUCUGCACCUUCCACCCACAUCCAGCCGCAACACCAGCAACCUCAUUACAGCCAGUCUCAUCACUGA